CGUCAAAAUCAUAACAAUUAACAAAAACAAUAACAGCAAUGUAGCUGAAACCCAAACGUUUAAGUAAUUAGGUAUAUUUCAUAAAUUUGCUGCAUUCAUACGCUAUAGUCAGAAUGGAAAGCUUAUAAAGAGUAAAAUAUGCUGCAAUCGAACACCGCUGAUUUGGAGAAGCCGUUGACGAAGGAAGAAAGUUACGUACAGCGCAGGCAGCUUUUCAAGGACAUCUGGGAGACUGCCUUAAUUGUCAAUGCAAAGGAAGAUAUUAUGAACAAACCAAAAGUCAUCAAAACGCUAAGAAUGGAUGAAAUAGACAGAUGCCCCGUUGGCCAAUCAAAGAAGCAACGCAUAAAGAAUUUGAGACAUGUGUGCAGAAGAAUUCUUGAUUUCUGUGAUCGACAAGACGCUGCGGACUACUAUUUGGGGGGUGCUAAUGAUGCGAAGGGCGCCCCGACACCUGCAUGGCGUGGAAAAAAAUUGAAACAUAAACAAAAGAAAAAAUUGAAAAAUGUUAACAGUGCUGUUAGUAAUAUAAACGCUGACGAUAUGGUUAACGUAGCUCGUGUUACCAUGUCAGCAGAGAGAAAUUUAUUGUCACCAAAUGCAUCAUCUAAAUCUAUUAUUAACAAACCAAAAGCGCCCAAGAAAAAGUUACUCAAACAUAAAAUCAGAGUGUCCAAGAAGGUAGAUUACCCUAAAGAAGUUUCAACUAUGAAAAGAAAGAUAAAAAAGAAGCGCACACUCAAGAAGAAGACAAAUACUGCGAAUCCUUCUCGAAAAGCACCCUACAUGUAAAU